AUGGAAGGCCAGGUAGACGGAAACACGGGCGACGGCGAGUACCUGCGCGUCGCAGAGUCGCAGGAAGGUUAUGGGACAGGCCCAGAGAUCACAAACUCCAGCUCCGAAUUCGAUGUCCUAUGUGGCCCUCUACUGAACUACCAGCGAAUGAGUUAUGAAGGCUCCUCAGAUGUCUUCUGGCACGGCUCCGUCCUCCUCGUCACGAAACCCAAUAUCAACACUCCAAAUUUGGAACUAAAGACCCUCGGGGCAUUGGAAUCCGGCGCAAAGUCCAAGUCUUUGCCGUCACAUUUGGUGCGAGGGUUGAAGCUCUACUCUGAUCCGGAUAAGACAUUUUGGCGGUUCACUCUCAAAGUACCUCUGGUUGAGGCGGAAGCCAGAUGGCAGUACUCGAUUUCAAACAUGCAAUUCCUCACCAAUGUCACAAAGGAGCCGUCCAGGGAGUUUGUAGUGCCUUCUACCACGCAAUCAAUGCGUAUCAUGUUUCACUCUUGCAACGGGUUCUCGGUCGGAACGGACGAGGAUUUCUGGUCAGGACCUGCGUUAUGGCAUGAUGUCCUGCGCACUCACAAACAGCGCCCGUUCCAUGUCAUGAUUGGCGGAGGCGACCAGAUUUAUAACGAUUCGGUUCGGGUCAAGGGCCCGUUGAAGGAAUGGACGGACAUCGCGAAUCCCCAAAAGAGACGAGACUACCUUUUCAACGAGGACUUGAGGGACCGAUGUGACAAGUAUUACUUUGAGAACUACAUCCGAUGGUACUCCACAGAACCUUUCGCCUCGGCCAAUUCCCAGAUCCCCCAGAUUAACAUCUGGGACGACCACGACAUCAUUGACGGGUUCGGUUCCUAUACCGACCAUUUCAUGAGAUGUGCUGUGUUCCGUGGUCUUGGUGGCGUCAGUUUCAAGUACUAUUGCUUAUUCCAGCAUCACACUGCUCCACCAGUUUCCACAUUCACAACGGAUGCGCCAAAGACCAUGGGUGCUGAUGCCAAUGGCACGGCAGGGGAAGAUCCGCGUCAACUGAAAAACACGUAUGUGUAUAAGAGGACGGCAGACGACCCCAGUUGGAUUGUUGGCAAACGCCCCGGGCCUUACGUUGAGGAACGGUCGAGAAACCUGUAUAUGCGCCUCGGUCGCCGUAUGGCUUUCUGCGGUAUUGACGCGAGGACGGAAAGGACGAGAAAACAAGUCAACUAUUCAGACACAUACGACUUAAUCUUUGAAAGACUUGAGAGUGAGUUCAAGGCGGCACAUGGAGAAAUCAAGCACUUGAUUCUCCUCCUGGGCGUGCCCAUCGCAUAUCCCCGACUGGCAUGGCUGGAAAACAUCCUCACCUCGCCCUUAAUAGCCCCCAUUCGCUUGCUUAAUAAGAGGUUCGGCUUCGCCGGCGGGUUUUUCAACCACUUCGACGGCGCUGUUGAUCUUCUAGACGAUCUGGACGACCAUUAUACAGCACGCCACCACAAGACCGAACGACGCGAACUAGUCCUUCGACUGCAGAAACUCUCGACAGAUUUCUCUGUGCGAAUCACUAUCCUAGGAGGAGACGUGCACCUUGCAGCAUUGGGUCGCUUCUACUCGACUCCUGCAGAUAACUUGGACGCAAUGAACGAUCCACGAUACAUGGCCAACAUCAUCUCCAGCGCCAUUACCAACAAGCCGCCUCCCCGAGCCGUGGCAAACUUGCUCGCGCGGAGAAAUAAAAUCCACCAUCUGAGGGAUGGGAAUACCGACGAGACACUCCUCAAGAUGUUCAACAAACAACCAGGGGGCGUGAUGAAAGGUGCGGAGUGGAAUCAUUGUACGAUGCCAAGCAGAAAUUAUGCGUGCAUCACUGAGGUCUCCGACGACGACGAGGACUCAUCGCCAGUCAAUGGCGUCCCCAACGGCUCUGCCAACCCGCAAUCUACACCUGCAUCAGUGAAUUCGACGGGUAAGACGGGCAAGUCUCGUCCUCAUACGGGCAAGGGUGCACAUGACGGACAUGGAUAUCUACACCUUGGUGAAGAGGGGGCGGGAACAACACAUCUAGCCGCAGACGGGAUCAGUUCAGAGGCCGUAGGCCCACCGCUGAGGGGCGGCUUGAAUGUCGCGAUCAAGGUCGAGAUUAACAAUCGAGAUCCAGAAGGGAAGACUGAGGGAUAUGGGAUGAGCAGUAAGACACUACCCACCCUUGUUCAUGAUCGUUGA